CUCUGCUAUUCCAUGUCGUAUUCUCCUCCUCUGCUUCUCCCUUUCUCUCUUUCUCUCUCUCUCUAUUUGCUUAGGCUUUACUGGAUUGCUUAAAAUCAGAGAAUUUCUACGAAGCUUUUUGGCUUUCUAUUGAUACUUUGAUCAGUUAAAGUUUCAAAAGCAUCGAAGUUGCGUUUUGUUUUGUUUGAAUUUUGCUUUCCUUAGCUUUUGAAUUUGAAAUAGCCAGAAAUGCUCGAGCUUCGCGGUGAGCAAAAGACUAUGUUAACAUAAAGCUAACCGCCAUUGAAAUGUCAGCUUACGGAUUCAAGUUACAGGAUUUGAAGGAAAGUUGAAAGCUUAUAAUCGAAUCGUUUAUUUUAUAUUAUAUCAGUUUCAGGAUUUUCUUAUCAUAUACGAUUGUUUAUGCUACAAUGGCGCUCACUUUAGCUUCUGUUUUGUCGAAAUCGGAGGAAAUAGUAGGAUCGGAUCACUCAUCAGUGGUAUCGAUAAAUCUUUUUGUGGCACUUCUUUGCGCCUGUAUUAUAAUCGGUCAUUUACUAGAGGAGAACCGAUGGAUGAACGAGUCCAUCACGGCCCUUGCUAUUGGUCUGUGCACUGGGGUGGUUAUUUUGCUUACAACUGGAGGAAAGAGCUCACGUCUUUUAGUGUUUAGUGAAGAUCUAUUCUUUAUUUAUCUUCUUCCACCUAUUAUUUUUAAUGCUGGGUUUCAGGUGAAGAAGAAGCAAUUUUUCCGCAAUUUCAUGACUAUCAUUCUCUUUGGUGCAGUUGGUACUCUGAUAUCCACUGUUGUCAUAUCAAUAGGUGCUAUGCACUUCUUCAAGAAAAUGAACAUUGGUUCCCUUGACAUAGGAGACUAUCUUGCUAUUGGAGCAAUAUUCUCUGCCACAGAUUCUGUUUGUACCUUACAGGUGCUUAAUCAGGAUGAGACGCCUUUACUAUACAGUCUGGUAUUUGGAGAAGGUGUGGUAAAUGAUGCCACAUCGGUGGUGUUUUUCAAUGCAAUCCAGAGCUUUGAUCUCUCCCACAUCAAUUCAAGUGCCGCAAUGCAAUUUGUUGGGAACUUUCUAAAUCUGUUUAUCUCAAGCACCAUUUUGGGAGUUUUAGCUGGACUACUCAGUGCAUACAUUAUUAAGAAGCUUUACUUUGGCAGGCACUCUACUGACCGUGAGGUUGCUCUAAUGAUUCUCAUGGCUUACCUUUCAUAUAUGCUGGCUGAACUAUUCUAUUUAAGUGCAAUUCUCACUGUAUUCUUUUGUGGGAUUGUUAUGUCUCACUAUACAUGGCAUAAUGUGACUGAAAGUUCAAGAGUGACAACUAAGCAUGCUUUUGCUACUUUGUCAUUUGUUGCUGAGAUAUUCAUUUUCCUGUACGUUGGCAUGGAUGCCUUGGACAUUGAGAAAUGGAAGUUUGUAAGCCAUAGCCCUGGGAUGUCGGUUGGCGUGAGUGCAAUACUCUUGGGAUUGGUUCUGGUUGGAAGAGCAGCCUUUGUUUUCCCCUUAUCCUUUCUAUCCAACUUGACUAAGAAUGAGAAAAUUGACAUAAAGCAACAGGUAACAAUUUGGUGGGCUGGUCUUAUGCGUGGUGCUGUUUCAAUGGCUCUUGCUUAUAAUCAGUUUACCAAUUCAGGCUAUACGCAGUUGCGUGGGAGUGCAAUCAUGAUCACCAGUACCAUUACAGUUGUCCUUUUCAGCACAGUGGUGUUCGGGUUGAUGACAAAGCCACUAGUGAGGAUCUUGCUUCCAUCUCCAAAACACACUUCCAGCAUGUUGUCUUCUGAACCGUCUAGUCCUAAAUCCUUCACUGCGCCACUUCUCAAUGGGCAAGAUUUAGAGGACAACAAAUGCAGCUACAAUGUUUCCCGCCCAACCAGUUUAAGAAUGCUCUUGAGCACCUCUUCUCACACUGUCCACCAUUAUUGGCGAAAAUUUGAUGACGCCUUCAUGCGGCCUGUUUUUGGUGGCCGGGGUUUUGUGCCUUUUAUACCUGGCUCCCCAACUGACGAAAGUCUUCUCCAGUGGCAGCAUUGAGGAGAGAGAAACUUUCAACAAAUAUGUGACUACUAAUUUAUGUAGAUAGGUCAUGAAAUCGGCUUUCGGUGUGAAAUUUGUCAAUAGCAAUGGAGAUUUCAGAGUGAGGUUGUGACGCCAUUUUUAUACUCAACACAGGCAGCUUGUAGUUUGUUUCAAUUUUGGGGGGUUUUUGUUUUUGCCUUGUGUAUAUGGUUUGUCAAGUGAGAUUGUGUUUCAGAGAGCAUGUAGCUACGUAAGCGUUCCCACUUCCCACAUUGGAUUUCGUAAAUUGACCACUUACUGUAUUUUUACUGUUUUAUUUGAUGCAUUGAAGGGAACA